AUGCACGAAAUUUUCGUUCCCAAAGAUACAGAUGUGUUUGUCAGUAUUCUCGCCUCAAACAGCAAUCCAGAUAUCUGGGGACCAGAUUCCUAUGAGUGGAAGCCUGAAAGGUGGCUCACGUCUAUGCCGGACGCAGUCAUCGAGACGCAUGUUCCGGGAGUGUAUUCGCAUCUUAUGACUUUUCUUGGAGGUGGAAGAUCUUGCAUUGGCUUCAAGUUUUCUCAGCUGGAAAUGAAAGUUGUAUUGUCACUCUUAGUAGCGUCCUUCAAGUUUUCGCCAUCGAACAAAGAAGUAGUCUGGAAGAUGACUGGUAUUGUCACGCCCACUACAGUAGGUAACAAGACGCCAACUCCUGAGUUGCCUCUCGUCGUCGAACUCGUGGCGUAA